UCCUCUCGCGCCGCCCCGCCGCCUCUCCCCGUCGGCUCCCCCGUGCUCCUCCCCCGACGGCCGCAGCGCCGCGCGAGCGCCCACCCCACCCCGCACCGCCUCCGCCCCGGCUACCCUCGCCCUAGCCCUCCCCGGGUACCAAGGGUUUGACAGGCGAUGGAGAAGGGGAAGUCGGUGGUCGCGGAGCUCGCGGCGUCGUUCAGCGGCGUCCAGGUCACGCCGCGCCGGAAGCCCGCGAGCACGCCGCCAGCGGCCAGCUUCUAUUCUCCCAUGAAGAAGGCCAGGCCUAGGAAAUUGGUUAGUUUGUGCAUUGGCGUCCUCGGUCAGCAUCUUGAAGAUAUUAUCAAUGAUAUUUCUGAAUUUACUGCCUUCUUCCCACCACACAUAAAGUUGGCAAUUAUGUCUGUCGCAAGGAGGAGAAGAUUACUGAAUGAUGAUGUUCUGGUUUCUCUUGUUGAUAGCUCCUGGAAGAUCCUAGAUAUAUCUGGGUCUGAGGUUACUGAUGUUGGCCUGGCUACUGUGGCACAUACUUGUAGUAACUUAUGGGCAGUUGAUAUUAGUCGAUGUGAAAAAAUAAGUGCUGCUGCCGUUUCAGAAAUUAUAUGCCACUGCCCAUCCCUGGAGAUAUUAAGAUGCGGAGGCUGUCCAAGAAGCGAAUUCACUGCCCGUGGGUGUGUCAAUCUCCUGAAACCCAAACUGAAUACCCUUGAAGAGGACUCAUGGGAGGAGCUUGAAGCAGUAGAUUUUGGCAGUGGCGCACAGUCUUUAAGAUGGCUAGUUUGGCCCAAGAUAGAUGAUAACUCGAAGGAAAUUCUCGCCUUAGAAUGUCCUCGUGUUAUCGUCAACCCGAAGCCAUCACUUCUUGACCUCGGUGGAUCCAAGACCCCAAGUGAAGCAUUGGCAAGCAUACCACUAGACCAUUCCGUGGUGGAAGAUAUUGAUCCAAAAACAUGGGCGGUUUCUGCUGCCCCUCGAAGAGCUGCUGCUGCUCCACCUCACCCAAACGCUCCGCCUGAAAUACCGAUCGCGGAGAGGUUUAGGCUAGCGUAUGUGGAGAGGGACGCGAGGCUGGCGCCGAAGAGGGCCAGGAGGGAGAGGCAGCACCGACGCCGUGCUGAAAGGGAUUACUUGAUGAAUGAUAUCGACGCCAAGUCUAUUGCGCUUGCGAGUAAAUACCUAAGCAAGGGCUAGCGAUGAUGGUCCUUGUGUUGUUUUGGGGUGUUGCAUGUAUCAGUGGUUGUCUAAACACAAGGGAAGAAAUUCCACAGAAAGAAAAACAAGGGAAGGAAUUUUGUGUUGUGUAACAAAUGAACAGCUGCAUCAUAUCAGGAGCACGGUGGCGGCAUCGAUGUAUCCAACUAAAUGAAAACUGAAGCAGUUUUGUA